AUGUCCCCCGGUGCAGCACCGAGUGUGUUCAAACCUGUUAUUAACGGUGUUUGUUGCAGUGUCGACUGUCAACGCAACUAACUGGUGAGAACGGAUUAGCCUGUUAUUUGCUGCAAAACGUCAAAGACAGUGACUGUCACCGCGAAGUUACAUUGUUAGCAGGAGCGCUAUCUUUUUUUUCUUCCUUUCGCAAGCUAGCAUCAAACAUUAGCUAGCUCCUCGCUCAAAGCUAGCUGCUGGCUAAUGCUGUCUAUUUUUAGUGCCAUCAGGUUGGAAAGCGAUAGACAAGUACUGUUGACUAACGUAACGCAAAAGGCAUUAUUAUAGCGUAUGAAACCUCAACCCACGCUGUCUGUACCAAAAUGUCCACUAUUUCGUUGGAUAAAGAAUUACAGGAGCGGCUGAGAGAGGCUUCUGCUAUCGGCGAUAUUGAUGAAGUUCGGACCUUAGUGGAGAGCGGAGUCAAUGUCAAUUCUCAAAACGAAAUAAACGGAUGGACAUGCCUGCAUUGGGCAUGCAAAAGGAACCAUAAGCACAUUGUGUCCUACUUAAUCAGUUGUGGUGCUGACAAAGAGAUCCUCACGGCGAAGGAUGAGUUGGCCUCACAGCUAACAUCCAAACCAGAGAUCAAGCGACUGUUAGGAGUUGAGAUUGAGGACGUGCCUGCAGUGAAGGAGCCCGAGUUGCCAAUCAUUCCCAACUACCUGUCAAACCCGCCUUUCAUUUACUCCAAGAUGGACAACAAAUCAGAAGCCACCCUCACCCAACACCUCACCCAGAAUGGAUCUGGGGAACAUGUUGAGGACACACACAAUAAUUCAGCCUCCCUUUCCCCAACACACGAGCCACACCACCCGCAGAACCGAACCACCUCCACUGCAAACUCUUCUGCUCACAGCCCAGCCCAGGCUGGCGCUUUCAUUCCUGUGAUCGAGCAAAACGGCGUGUCACCCGGCACGGUCCCAUCUUGCCAUCACGCUUCUGUUAACGGCACAGUGCCCGUGGAACUGAUGGUCGAGCCUCAUCUAGUCAACCAUGCAGACUACCCACAUGCAGUAGCUCACAACAGUACUGUGUGCCCACCACAGUUAGCCUCACCCAACCCCGGCGGGACCCAGGUCCAGACCCCCGUGGCCGGCACAAACCCAUCUGUGGGCAGACAGCAGUCCUUUCCUCAGCAGCUGAGCUGUGGCCAAUCCGGUGGACAGUUACCAGCUUUUCAGCCUUUCUUUUUCACCAGCACCUUCCCUGUCAACGUGCAAGAGUUGGUGUUGAAGGUGCGUAUCCAGAAUCCCAAUGCAAGGGAAAAUGACUUCAUUGAGGUAGAACUAGACCGCCAGGAGCUGACCUAUCGUUCCCUACUGAGGGUCUGCUGCCGUGAGUUAGACAUCAGCGCAGAACACGUGGAGAAGAUCCGCAAGCUGCCAAACACCAUGCUAAGAAAGGACAAGGAUGUGGCUCGGCUACAGGACUUUCAGGAGCUGGAAGUGGUGUUGGAGAAAGCAGAGGGUUUGUCUCUGUUCUCUGGGACUGGCGGCCUGACUGACAGACCCUGUUACAACAUGAAGGCCUCCCGCCUCACAUACUAGAGCAGAGUCCCAAAUCUCUCUGCUGACACGGUGGGCUUCUUUAGCUGCGCUCUAGCAACUAUAAACAGUUGGCUACCCAGGUUACUUGUUGCAGCUUUUUUUGUCUUUGGUGUUUGGCUAGUUUCUCAGUUGGGAUUUAUAUAUUUUUUUUAAAGUUCUGUAGCUGUUGUCCACCCCCCUCCACUGACCUUUCUGCCACCUCAAGUGUUCCUACCCAGUGUUAGAUGUUUACUGAUGCAUGGCCUCCCCGGUUAUGUACACAAGCUGCUUUCCAGUUUUCUCUAUCUGUCCUCCUGCUGCACUUUUUUUUUUUUUUUUGCCAGUCCUCCAGUGUGACAAUAGAGGGUCACAGUUGCUCAUCUUCCUCCAAGACUGGACUUGAAUGGGGCUCUGCAACAGCCUUACAUGGACAUAUCGUGAUUCUGACUGUAGAACGUGCACACACGUGAAAAUAGUCUGAUUAAGCAUAGAGGAGAGGCUGUCAGGAAGGAUUCUAACUCUUAACUGACCACAUAAUGCAGCAAGUUGCAGCACAGAGGACUAGCACACAGCAACUUUAACCGAUAGAUAUAUUCCAGCUGGCACAUAUUAUACGUGCUGUAGGCUUAAGCCUUAUUGUCUUUUCUACUGAGGUCUUGUUGGCUUGUAUUGUCCUGAAGAACUUUUUGUUUCCUUCCUUUUAAUGUCAGUGUGAUACAGGUCUGCAGUGACAACGAAAAGAAAAGCUAACAAUUGCCAGAGAGGGGGACAGGAAGUGGUUAUGCUUUAUUAUACAAUGUUUAAACAAAGAAACCAGAGGCAUGUACUAGCUUGACAUAUACGUGGGACGUUCACUGGUGACAUCUGGCAAGUUUUUCUGCAAACAGUGUCCUUUUUUUAAUGGUAGUACUUAUGCCAGCAACGAGUUGCAUUGAUAGCUUAUACUAUAGUGACUGAGUCCAAAGAAAUGUUGAGCCCUUCAACAGUGACACCACUAAUUUCCAGCUGGGUAACGGGUCAGAAAUGGAAAAGACGAACUGAAGGUCUGUUUCAAAGCCUUGUACAAAGAACACAGAACUUGAAUCACAAUGUGCUGAGUGUUGCCUUUAUUUUUGCGAGAUAUUUGACAUUUUGUGGAGACCGCUGGCUCUCCGGCAGUGAAGUCAUUCAGUCGGUGAGACGUGUGUUUGGGCUGAUGGUACAUGGCAUUUAUUGACCACCUUUAUGCUUGAAUUGAUCGCCAUGUAAAGAUGAACAUGCCUUCUCAAACUUGUUUAAUAGUUUUUUAGCCUUCAUUUGACAACAGAUAACAUGUUAACAAAAGUACUUAUUUUUUAUCUGUAAAUGCCUAGUUCUGUUUUACUACACAGGGAGGAGAAAGCAAAUCCAAUUGUAAGUUUUCCCUCAAUAACCUAAGGUGUAAUACUGUUUUGACUGUGAUUGGACAAAAAAACAAAAACUCAUCGAGCCAACGAGUGUACUUGUUGCAGAAUAAUGUAUCAUUGGUUCAGGAAAGGUGCCUAAACUUUGUUUUCUCGAGGUGUGGAACAAACAAACAAAUGACUAAAAUUGUUCUUUAGCUCGCAACUUUUAGGUUUACAGUUAAGUGCUUCCUGGAUCCUAAAAGUCUUUUCCAAAUUAUUAAUCCUGACGUGAUUAUUUUAAUUGCACUGCGCGCCACCUCAUCUAAGCUAUUUGUAUUGUUAGUAUACGUUAUGACUAAUGUGAACCAUUAAUAUGUAACACAACAGUUUGGGUGUCAAGUCUGUUAAGAUUUAAUUUUGUGAACAAAAUGUUACUUAAGUUGUGUUUUCAUCUUCGUGACUGAUUUUAAACGAGCAGCCCAACGUUGGCAUUCGAACACAAACUAGCGCCCCCAAGUCCUGUUUCCUCACCAUGGUGUUGUUUGUUUUGAUGCGUUUGCAUGUUCAGUGUUUGUAAGCAAAAAAUGUGACAUCACAAAGGUGACAAAUUUCGAUCUAGAAAGCAGAGAACACAGUUGGCAAUGAAAUUUACACGAUUCACAACCUAGUGCAUGUGUGUAACUAGGUCGCGAGAGGUCAGCUUCAUUGUGUCAGAUGCUGUUUUUGCUACUUUCAUGUUGACAUACUGGGCCUCUUUUUUUUUUCAGGCUAGGCAGCCACUUCUCAUUCCUUCACAAUCAGAGCGUUUCUUACUCCAUAGUAAUUGUUUACUGCUCCAAUGUAUAACUGACAUUAUUACUGUAUUUGGAUAUUUUAUAUAUAUAUAUAUAUUAUUAAUUUAUAUAAUUUUUGUAGCCAACUAGGCCUUUUGUGUUCGUGUCAAAAGUCGGACAUUGUGAAAGUAAGAGUUCCGUGUUAAAGUGAAAAGUGAUGUUGAAGCCAAGUGCAAUGUGGGGGAAAAAGAACGUUUAUGGAAAGUUUAUCGCGACACAAAAGAAGGACUUUGAAUCAUGCUUAUUUUGUGUUACCAUCCAUGUUAAAUGCUUUAUUGGGAGUUGUGCCAUGUUGUUAAGGCAUAGGUUUGUUUGAGAUGAAGGAAAACAAGGCUCCUCUUGGCCAUUUUUGGCUAUGAAUGAGUGAGUGAGAGCAGCAUGUUUGAAAUUUUAUAGGAUCGUCUGUAAUUUUUUUUCUUCUUUUUUUAUUUGUGGAAAGGAGAUGCCUAACACCAUAUUUGUUGGUUUGCUUAUUGUUCUAGGGGAAAAAAAACAAUACCGUUUGACCUAACCUAUGCAUUCAGAGAUAUUUUUAUAUUAAGUACAUCCUAUGUACUCUUACAAAUAAUCUUAGGCACUGUUAAAGUUUUUUUUCUUUUCUUUUCUUUUCUGGAAAUCUGUAUCUGUUCUUUGAUAAAGCAUGGUGAAAUAAC